AUGUCAGGUUACCAUCUGGUCGGUUCAUGUAAUGGGUUGCACUGUGGGGUUAGCGAAAUACCAGAAGGAUACUGUGUUUGUUUCUUGAACAAGGCGACAAGGGUGAUAUCCAGAGAAUCGCCAAUGCUGUCUUUUUCCCCGGGCAUUGGUCGUAGAACAAUGUUUGGGUUUGGCUAUGAUCCGUCAAGUGACAAAUACAAGGUUGUAGCAAUUGCGUUGACUAUGCUCUCACUUGACGUAUCUGAAAAGACUAAGAAGAAAGUUUAUGGCGCGGGUGACAGUAGUUGGAGAAACCUUAAAGGUUUUCCUGUUCUUUGGACUUUACCUAAAGUUGGUGGAGUGUAUCUGAGUGGAACCCUUAAUUGUGUUGUUAUUAUGGGAAAAGAAACCAUUCAUUCUGAAAUCGUAAUUAUUUCUGUUGUCCUAGAGAAGGAGACUUGCAUAUCACUGUUUCUUCCCAACGAUUUUUGCAUUUUUGAUACAAAUAUUGGAGUUUUUAGAGACUCGCUGUGCGUUUGGCAAGAUAGCAACACCAAUCUUGGCUUGUGGCAGAUGAGGAAGUUUGGAGAUGACAAGUCUUGGAUUCAAUUAAUAAAUUUUAGUUAUUUACAUCUUAAUAUUUGUCCUUAUGAAGAAAAAUCGAUGAUUUUACCAUUGUGCAUGUCUAACAAUGGAGACUUCUUCAUGCUGAAAUUCACUAGAAAUGCUGAUGAUGAAUACCAAACAAUUCUGUAUAACAAGAGGGAUGCUACGGGGACAGAACAAGAAUGGUACAUUAAACUGUAG